CUUGGGUUUCGCGCUUGCAGCUUUCCUUUCCUUCCCCAGAACAGCCGGAAAAGGGAAGUUUUGGGCGGUGCGUGGCUGCCUGGCCUCCCCUUCCGCCGCCUGCUCCGCCCCGGUGGCUGCGGAGCGGGGCGGCCGCGCAGGUGGGCCCCGCGGUGUCCCUGUGCCCCCGGCGCUGCCUUCCCAACAACGCCGCCUGCAUCCCUUGGGCUCGCCUCAGGGCCGAGGCUUUAGGCAGUUUUCGGCAUGGCAGUGGACUGGCUCGGUUUUGGCUACGCCGCCCUGGUGGCAUCAGGAGGGAUCAUUGGCUAUGCAAAAGCAGGUAGUGUUCCAUCGCUAGCUGCUGGCCUUUUCUUUGGGAGUUUGGCUGGACUGGGUGCUUAUCAGGUCUCACAGAAUCCACAUAACAUUUGGGUUUCUCUGAUUACAUCUGGAGCACUGACUGCUGUCAUGGGAACAAGAUUUUACCACUCCAGAAAAUUCAUGCCUGCAGGGCUAAUUGCUGGUGUCAGUUUGCUAAUGGUUGGAAGAUUAGCACUGAAGAUGUUGGAAAAGCCCCAGGAAAAGUAACCGUUAAUUUUACAUCUUAGUAUUUGGAAAAGGAGACCUGAUCAUGAAAUUGCAUGAAUGCAGAAGUGAGAAGAUGGAAAAAAUUUCUGCAUCAAGACAUUUUUUAAUCUUUUUUUAUAAGGGGGCAUACAAUGAUGGGACAGAUAGUUUAUAUACAAGGUAGAGCUGUUUGUGUAUAGAGAGAAAUGGGUCCUGGGUUUGA